AACCAGCUGAAAAGAAAUAGCAUUCGUGCUUAACAAUUAUGUUCAUGUAAUAUAAAAUGGAACUGCCUUGCUCCGUCCAGGGCUCGCACAUUUCCACGUCUUGACUUGAAUGCCUCCACUCGAUAUUUGAAUUGAGUUCUAAGACUUGGCGGCAUCCCUUUUUUUUUGAGCCUGCAGACCUGCCUCAACUGCUUUCUUGACAGAGCUCACAUACUAGGAGCGGGAAAAUCUCAAAUCUCCUUGAGCAAUUUCGCCCCUCUCUGUCCAUCCGCCCAAAAUCCCGGCUGGUCCUUCAAUCAGUCUUUUAAAGACCAUCUCUCUCCAUUCACCAUGUCGGCACUUAUCGACGCCCAGCUGGCUGUCUUCGCCCUCUUGUUCUUUCCCUCUUUAUAUUGUCUCUUCCGACAUGGUAAGACAGGGAUCCUCGGAUGGUUUUACGUCAAUCUCUUCUGCGCACUUCGAGUCAUUGGCUGUGCCUUGACUAUCCGCGAUGAGCACAACGGUACCGUGGGAACCGCAGCGACGAUAAUCAUGAGCGUGGGGCUGUCACCUUUGCUGCUUUCGGCCGCCGGCAUACUUGGCGAGGCAAGACGUUCACGCUCUGGAAAAGCCACACGCGGGCUCGAGUGGUUUCUCGUCAUUCAAUUCCACUUGAUUGUUGCCGUGGGCAUCGCUCUCAUUGCAUCUCGAGGUUCUUCCUUGGUUUCUGGGCAGUUUACUUCCACCGACAAAGCCCUAAUAUAUGCCGGAUUGGCCAUCAUUGACUUUGCUUGGAUCCUGCUCUGCUGCUGGGCACUCUUCUCUCUUCGAAUGCGCAGCAGAAGGGAAAUCAGCAACGCGGUUCAUCAGGCCGGAACCAUGCUCUUGAUAUCAGUUUUCGCAUCUCUUCCUUUGAUAUGCCUCCGUCUCGUCUAUGCGACAAUUUAUUUUACUGUUCAUUCUUCGACAGUCAAGACUUCCUUGGCUCUAAAAGUUUGCAUCAGUGUUGCCCCCGAGAUGCUGGUGAUCGCCUUAUUUGUGGUAGUUGGAGUUCUAACGCGCAACUUGAAUGAGGAGAGAAACCGCAUAGCACAACCCCACACUGUCGAGAGCUUCAGACCCAAAUGA